AUGCAACACUGGAAGCUGCUCUUGACUUGGCUGCUCGUUAGCAGCUGCCUGGCGCUGGCCACGCCCUCGCUGCUGCAGCUGAAGAAGAAGCUGCUCUUUGGACAUGGAGGCGGUGGUGGUGGUGGCGGUGGCGGCGGCGGUGGUGGCCAUCCAGGCGGCGGCGUUAUCCAUAAGCCAGCCAUAUAUGAGGUGUAUGUGGUUAAGCCCAUCUAUCAAGGCGGCGGUGGGGGAGGAGGACACUACGGUGGCGGUGGCGGUGGCGGCGGAGGACAUCCAGGCGGUGGCGGCGGAGGUCAUCCAGGCGGUGGGGCCGGUGUUCAUCCAGGCGGUGGUGGCGGCUGGGGUGGCGGCGGCGGGGGUGGCUCCUAUGCCAGCAGCAGCGCCAACAGCUACAGUCAUGGAGGAGGAGGCGGCAGCAGCAGCAAUGCUUAUGCCAAGGCAAACGCCUAUUCGCGCAGUUGGUACUGA